CUUAUGUGUGCUUUGAGUGGCUGUUAUGAACCGUCAAGGUUAUUAGCUUCGAAUGCCAAAGUCGAAAAAGCUGAAUCGACCCCCUUUACAGUUUAUCAAUGAGCCUUUUUCUAAGCCCAAAGGUGAGACUGUAUACAAAACAUGCUCUGAAGUGUAUCCGGAAGUAAAAAGAGCUCUUACUGAUGAUGCCUACGUUUGGUUCGAACCAUGCUUCAAAACACUACAAGUUAAAAAAGAACGAAAAUUAAGCAGGAGUUCUUCGAAUGCUCGUCAAUAUUUGCCUGAGUUACAGUUUUUACCUGAUGGGCAAAUCGCAAUGGAUUCACUAUCUUGUGUCAGAAAACAGAAGUCCUGUCCGUUGUUCCCUUUGAAAUCUCCUGAAGUGAUUACUCGAGAAGUUGUUGUACUAGUCAAAGAGACUCCUGAAAAUACUAAUCGUAUGACACGAAAGUGUUCACACUGUGAGUUAUUUGUUGUACUGUAUCUACCCUAUAAUCUGUGUUAUGUCUAAUAAUGAGAGAGGAUAAGCUCAUCUAUUUCACUUUGUUAUGAAUUUUCAACUGAAGGAAGUAAACAUUAACAUAAAUAAGCUGGAGCAGAUCAUGUUCUUCUUUAACUGGUACUCACAGAGUUUUUUUUUUCUUUUAUUAGAUAAUCCUACGGUUAAUGGCUUGUUUGAACAAUUACCUGGAUGCAAUGAAGAUGCACUGACAAUUAAAAAAUAAUAUUUUAUGAUUUAUAUUUUUUUUAUUCUGAACAUUUGUAUGAAUUUAUACUUACCUGUGAUUUUUCAAUAAAUAGGUCAUCUUUUAUCAAAUUACGUCGUAUAGAUUUUAAAAUUUUAAAGAUUGUACUACUCAAAUCAAUUUGGUAGGUUUUGUUGGUGUUGUUUAGGA